GUAUUACAAACUCAAUCGCAAUUUUAAAGACGGGCGAGAAAGAAGAGAGAGUACAAGAAUUAAUAAAACUGUAAAACUGAGUAACAUAAUUGAGUCUGAUGUGUUCCAGUCUCCUGAGAUUGAGGGUACUGUUUCUAAAAUGAGUUUCUCAGAGGAUCCAGAGGCCAAAGAUGGAACCCCCAGCACUCACAGAAAAAGUGUCCAGGCAGAAAGAGUGGGGUCACCUGUACCCAGUUGUCUGUCUAUGAGGAGUGAACGGUCAAUGGAGAACCCAUUGUACUUCAGAGGACAGUUCCCAGGUGAUCCAAGUGUCCAGGCAGAAAGAGCGGGGUCACCUGUACCCAGUUGUCUGUCUAUGAGGAGUGAACGAUCAAUGGAGAACCCAUUGUACUUCAGAGGACAGUUCCCAGGUGAUCCAAGGAUCCAGCGGCCAAUGGAGUCCAGCCAUUUAGAAGAGAACGGUUCAGAGAAAUUAUCUUUCCCAAAACAGUCUCUCCUGUGCACCCUCAUGAAGCUGAAGAAGACUGAAAAGUUGCUACUGUUCCAGAGCCAUCUGAGUCAGGAUUGCCCAGAAUGCUUCAAGAGUCUGUCUGAUGAUCCUUCUGUACUGGAUAAGUUUAUGAAGAUGAAGAAAUUGUUCAACAGUCAAAUUUGUGAGCGAGAGUGGGAGGAACCUGAGGCCCUGUGCAUUGUUGAGAAGAUGCUAGAGACCUGUGGCAGCGAGAGGUCUCUGGAGAUCACACUCCACAUCCUGAGGAACAUGAAGCAGAAUGAUCUCACUCACUCACUGGAGAGAGAUGAGCAGCACAAUGGAUCCAUAAAAAGAGACCAGCAGGCACUGAAAACUGAUCUGAAGAAGACGUUGAAUGCAUGUUUGAAGGUUUAGCAAAGCAGGGCCACCCAACCCUCCUCAAUGAGAUCUAUACUGAGCUCUACGUCACAGAGGGGGGAAGUGGGGGGGUCAAUAAUGAACAUGAGGUCAGACAGAUUGAGACAGCAUCCAAGAGACAAACCACACAGGAGACGGCAGUCCUCUGCAAUGACAUCUUUAAGCCAUUACCUGGCCAAAAGAAACUCAUUAGAACUGUCCUUACAAAGGGAAUCGCUGGCAUUGGGAAAACUGUCUCUGGAUUUUCCUUCUGCCCAAUCCAGAAUGAAUUUCUGCACAAUCAGGAUGUUGAUUUCAUCUUCACUCUUCCUUUUCGAGAUCUGAAUUUGAAGAAGGAAAGAGAAUACAGUCUGAUGCAGCUUCUGCAGCACUACUUUCCACAACUGAAAGAGAUCAAAGGUAUUGAAGGUGAUGAAGUCAAAGUGGUGUUUAUUUUUGAUGGUCUGGAUGAGUGUCGACUUCCUCUAAAUUUUCAAGGCAAUGCGAUCUGCUGUGAUAUAACAGAGUCAUCAUCAGUGGAUGUGCUGCUGACAAACCUCAUUCAGGGGAAUCUGCUUCCCUCUGUUCUUCUCUGGAUCACCUCCCGACCAGCAGCAGCAGCCAAUCAGAUCCCUCCUGAGUAUGUCCACCAGGUGACAGAGAUACGAGGGUUCAAUGACCCACAGAAGGAGUACUUCAGAAAGAAAAUCAGAGAUGGGAACCAGGCUAGCAGAAUUCUCUCACACAUAGUCAUCCAGGAGUCUGUACAUCAUGUGUCACAUACCAAACUUCUGCUGGAUUUCUGCUACUGUUCUAGAGGCAAUUUUGGGUAAAGUAGAGAGUGCAGGACUGCCGAAAACUCUGACUGAAAUGUACACACACUUCCUGCUCAUUCAGACAAAUGUAAAGAAUCAGAAGUAUCAUGGCACCAAGACAAACCCAAAGGAAAUGUCAGCAUCAGAUACAGAAAUCAUCCUGAAACUGGGGCAGCUGGCUUUUCUACAGCUGGAAAAGGGAAAUCUGAUAUUCUACGAGGAGGACCUGAGAGAGAGUGGCAUCGAUGUCAGUGAAGCUUCAGUGUACUCUGGUGUGUGCACAGAGAUCUUUAAAGAGGAGUGUGGGUGGGAUCAGGAGAAGGUCUACUGCUUUGUGCACCUGAGCAUUCAGGUGCACAAAGCAUUCUGGCCGCCCUGUUUGUGCUUCAUUCAUGUAUAAACGAGAACAGAAAUGUACUCAGAGAAGAAUCAAAACUUCAGUGACAGAGUGCAGCUGUGUGAGUUACACAGGAGUGCAGUGGAUCAGGCCUUAAUGAGUAAAAAUGGACACCUGGACCUUUUCCUCCGAUUCCUUCUUGGCCUCUCCCUGGAAUCUGUCGAGACUCUCUUAGGAGGACUACAGAUACAGGCAGGAGGCAGAUCACCUGGACCUGACCCACUGACACAGACAGAAAACAGAUCGGAGGGCAUUGUCCAGUACAUUAAGUUGAAGAUCAGAGAGGAAUCUUCAGCAGAGAGGACUAUCAAUCUGUUUCACUGUCUCAAUGAACUGAAUGACAACUCUCUAGUGGAAGAAAUCCAGAAUUCCCUGAGAUCAGGAAAACUUUCUGAGAAAGAGCUGGAACCACACCAAUGUUCAGCUCUGGCCUUUGUGUUACUGAUGUCAGAGGAUAUCCUGGAUGAGUUUGACUUGAAGACCUACAACACAACAGCAGUAGGCCAUCAAAGACUGGUGACAGUAGUCAGGAACUGCAGGAAGGCCAUUGAGCCUGGGGUUUUUAAAAGCAAGACCGGAAGCCGGAGGAACGGGAGGAGCGCCGAUGACAAGACGGCUACGAAACCGUAUUGUGUUUAAAGAAUUGUCUGGAAAAGACGAGAGUUGGAAUAAAAUAGCACGGCAGUGCUGAUUACGAAAA